GCGAACAAACCGAACGAGAGCAGGAUAUCUUCCGGCGUCUCUUACGUACCGCGAGUGCAGGCCCUCUCCGCGGUUCGACACAAGAACCGAUGCUUGAGCUGCGGCCUAUCCAGGUCCUGCAGCGGGCGCCUCGCUCCCUGAACGCAGGCGAUCGCACCCGUACUCGCUCGCUCCCUCUUUCUAUCCCUCCUGUGCCACGCACGCCACCCCAGCGCCCGCGGGUAGAUUCUACUAGCGGCGAGGAAGAAGACGACGAGCUGCUGUUCCGCGCCUCAUUGCUCACUGGGUCGAACGCACGACUGCGCCGCCGAGGGGCGAUCAGACUGAGCUUACCGAGCAUCGAUUCCGCCAGUUCGGAGGAAGAUGUUCCUGGUUCUACGGUAUCUAUUCUAUGUGGACGUGGCUGGGCAGCUGGAGAGCGCCUUCCCAGCGGAGGGAGGGGCGAACCACACCCUGUCCGAGGGUGUGGAGGACUGGUACAUUCCCAGGUUAGGGAGGAGGAGGGAGUUUGGGUUGCAGGUGAAGGAAAGGGAAGGGGACCAGAGAGGCUGGUCGGAGAGAUGAAGAGACGGAAGAGGAUGGGUUGUGGGUGCGAAGUGAGCCUGCUGGCAUGUACCACCUGCGGGACACACAUAGGCACGCACACGACCCAUCUCUGCAAGCUUCACUCCCUGCGUAAUUCCCCAACGUACAAAGCGCGCUACCGUUUCCUCCCUUCGCGCGUCUUCCUCUCCACCUCUCCCCUCCUCCCACCGCUCACCUACCGUCUCCCUCCUUCCCCCUCCCCUCCCGAGCCAGAACUAGAAGGGUUCGCCACCCCGCCCCCUUCGCCCCGUUCAGGCGGGAAUUGGUUCGUCUUUGACCCUAAUGGGGAAGCUGGGGCCUACCCUUCCUCUCAAGAUCAAGAACGCGACCUGGCGGGUUGUACGCCCGAGCCCACUGGCCCAGAACCUGAUCCUGAGGAAGAGCACACCGAAGGCUGGGACCGGACGAGGCAGAUUCGCUGGAUGCUGAACUAUGUCGAGCGGAUGAGCGCGA